AUGAAUGGUCGUAUUGCAGUUCAAGAGCUGCUUCGUAAAUCUCUAGUACAUGUGCCAACGAAAGGUUUCACGGUAGCUGCUAUCAGACAAACCCUCCAAGAAUACCCGAAUGUCGAUGCAGCUAAGUUGGAUCGUGCGUUGGCCGCUUUGUUCCCUGGGCCUGACUCUGCGUCCACAGCCGGCCCACGCCGCCUUUUGCAGGCCUGGGACAAUGAAGUGCUAAAGCGGAUGAAACAGGAGUAUAGCAACAAGGGAACGGAAACACAUGCGUAUGAAAGCACUGUGGACUGGCUCUGUGAGCGACUGAAACACAGUGUGCCUGUCCGAUCGCAUUUGCUGCCCGCAUUUACACUGCUGGCUUCUGAGCCGCUAUUAGGACAAUCUCCAACCUUUAUCCCCUUUCUAUCAAAAACACCUACGAUUCCAAACCCUGGCCCUGUCAUGGCGCGUGCAGUGCAAAUUGCAGAAGACGCAACAUUCGCCACAGACCUUGUGACUGAGAAAGGAACCGAGUGGUUCACCAAACGAAGCCGAUUGGCCUUUUCGUACGGGACAGCAGAAUUGGCCUUAGUGACACAGCCUUCCAUGACGCAGGAGCAAGCCAUCAAUCUGCUUCGCCGCCUUGCAACAACCCCGGGUGCGUAUGAGUUUCUACGUCAGCACACCCAAAGUCUGCGCCUCUGGGUGGAAUGGGGCGGUCGUGGCUGGUUGGGUAUCCUCCGUAGCCUGGGGCUAUAA